AUGUUAACAAUGCAUCACUGUGUAGCACCAAAACUCGGUCGUUUGGUUUCCGAUUCUAGAAAUUCAAUCAAAUUGACAUUCCGAACACUAUCUCUUCUCCAACAACAACAACAACAAGGAAGAAGAAAUUUUUCAUCAUCAAUUUUGCUGAAUAAUAAGAGUUUUACUAAUCAAUUAAUUAUUCAAAAGAUGGGUGCCAUCACACCACAAAUGAAAAACAAGAUGGCAAAAAAGACUAGAGUGAAUAGGGAAAAUCAUGAAUUAAUUAGUGAAAUGGAUAAUUUAGUAUUGAAGGAUGAUUCACCUAUUCUUGCUCAGUCGGAUGUUUUGAAAAAAGAAUUGGUUGAAUUUGUUGCAAAUUCUCAAGUUAAAACAGGUUCCGAAAUUAUUGAACAUACAGCCAAUCGUCAACAUUACUUUACACAACAAGAAAUUGCCAAAAUUCAUGGCGUUUACAAGAAUAGUGUGUUCUUCAAACAUACUAAAAUUAGUUUGGAAAAAUACUUUUUAAAUUAUAAUGUACUUGUACACAAAUCUAAGGAACAAAAUGAUUUAUAUUAUAUUGGACAUCAAUUAUUGAAAUAUAUACUUACUAAAUAUUUUAAUGAAAACCUUUCGUUAGUUCAAGAAUUGAUGGCUGAAGGUAAAACUCUCAACAUUAUCAAUGACAAGAUUACAAAAGAUUUCCAAAUUAAGGAACAUUUACUUGAAUAUUUCUUGAAUAAUAAUCAAUUAUUCUACAUUUAUAUUCAACAAAAUAACUUGAAGGAAUUAGAGCCACUCUUAAAAGAUAUCAGUUUUACUUCGAACGAUUUUAUUAACAAGUCUGCACACGAGAGAAUAUUCAAGGCGAUUAUUGGUAAUAUUUACAUGAAUAUUGAAUCUUUUGAUAUUAUGAUGAAUCAUGUUUUAUAUCCUUUCAUUGUUAAGGAAUUUAUACCUAGAUUUACAGAGCUGACCGAAAGCAAUCUAGCUCAAAUUUCUACAAAGAAAGCGUUUGAGAAACAAAUGACAAUCGUUGAGCAAUUUGAAUACUUCCACAUGAGACAAUUUAAAACACUCCCAACCUAUUCAUCCUUAACAAACAGCUUUGAACAAACUCAAAUGGUACAAAUCUAUUCCUCAGACCAACAACUUUUGUCAAUUGGUUAUGGAAUUGAUUACAAGACAGCUAAAGAAGAUGCAGCAAGAAGAGCUAUUUUACAUUUUUGUUAA